ACAAGCUGUAUCAUAUACAAAAACACAUAAUAACCUCUCAAACAUGGACAGGGUUUAUGUUCUUGCAAUAACAGCAUUGAUUUUGUCUCUGUCUGAAAUUAAGAACGCUGUUCCGCUUCCGUUUCCUCAACCUCAACGCCCGUUAUGCGUCUCGCAGCUUACGCUGGCCAACUAUGCGUGCGGAAGACUGCCCAUAACACCAUCUUCAGAAUAUCUUGCUGAGUCGCCAUUGUCCGACAUUGUAUUUCCUGAUGAUGAUCAGAGACUCGGUGUUAUGGCCAGUCGGAGACAUGAUCGACACCACGAGGAUUUGCCGACGAAUGACUGCUGCAGGUGGCUGAAUGAUCUUGAUGAUGAAUGUGUGUGUGAACUGCUGGUUCACUUGCCACCAUUUCUUGCAAGGCCAAUUCAUCAGUAUACUGUGAUUGUUGGUUCAAGCUGCAAUGUUACCUAUUCUUGUUCUGGACGUUUGAGACCUUGAUUUUUCAUUAUUCACUUAAAUUGGUCCUCUAACUUUGUUCAAUUCCUGGUGGUGCUAGUAUUUGAUAUUGAUCUGUUAGUAUUAAAUUAGCUUAUUAAGUUUGAUGUGUUCUCUAGUUUACUUUCUUUACUUGUAACUUCUCUAUUAAAAUAAAGUCUAUCUUUAUUAGUUA